UCAUUGCACUGAAAAUCCUCAAGAGGCAUAUGCAUUUUUGUCUGUUUCUCAUAUUGGACAAGGCAAUUUGGAAUUGACAUGUGAACUGUGUGGUCCGCCGUGCAAUUUGUGGAACCGCAGAUAACGAAAGAGGAAGUUGCAGCUAUGGAUAAGGCGCAGCUAUUUGAAUUUGCUGAUGACAUCCGAAUUGAAUGCUCACGGUUUGGAACAGUGCGAUCUAUGCACAUUAUAAAGCCCUUGCCUUCAGAUAAGAAGCCUGGCUUGGCAGCUCGCACGGCAGCUGGCAAAGAUUCCAAGGCCAAGCUUGUGCCCGCUAAGGAGGCGGCCACCCUGGCCAAUGGAUCCAACAAGGCUCUGGUUGAAGAGAAAGCGGGAGACAAGGGAGGCAGUGACGCAGGAUUGCAGGACAAGAAGAAGCCCACUGAGGAGGCGGUUGCAGUCGUCGGUGGCCAGAAAAAAAUGGACGUUGGCGUUGUAGCGCCAAUGGACACCGGUGGUAAGGACGGUAAGAAAAAAGAUGAUGCUAAAAGCGGAGACGAGAAGGGGAACCAACCAGCAAAGACUGGUCAUGGUGAUAAGGACGUGCGCUCAGAGCAGAAGGAGAAGGAAUCGAAAGGAGAAGUGGGAGAAAUGCCCGCCGCUGGGGAUGGCGUUGGGAGUGCAGAAGAGGAUGUCAAACAAAAAACUACGGACGAGAAGGAUGGAGGGGAGGUGAAGUUGCAAGAUGACGAAAAGGGUGUCGUCGAAGCAGCAGCAGAUGUGAAAGACGUAGCGAUGGAUGAUCCCGUGGGAAGCCAGGACCUGCGAGAUACCAAGAGUCAUGGGGAGAAUGGAGAAGGAGACGAACAGGAACCAGAAGGCGUGAGAGGGGAUCAGGAGGAGAAGCAAAAGCCAACUGAUGUCGACUCCAGUGGGAGCAAAGACUGCCUAAGCAAAACAUCAGACGACGGCGACGCAGGUGGAAAGGAAGACACUGCUGAGGAGGGGGAGAAGGCGUUAGGGAAGGUCGAGGGCAAGACAGACGAAGGAGAUGAAGAGGGUAAGGAUGAUGAGGCAGGUAUGGUGACGCCGGAGACACAGGAGGUCGAAAAGGAGAAGCAAAGCGGUCAGGAUGGAAAGGACGAGGAGGCGAUGAAGGAUGAUGACGAGGAGAAGGAAGACGAUGAGAAAAAGGGUCUUGAGAAGACUCCUAAGGAGGAGGAGAAUCCAGCAUCGGCACAUGUGGAGAAGGAUGCUCUUCCCGAGGAGGAGAAUGUAGGAAUUGUACGCAUGGAGGAGGAUGCCAAAGAGGACAACAGGAGGGAGAUUGAUGUCGAGGAGGAGGGAAAGCAAGAGGAAGGUUUGAAUCGUACGGAGCCUGGAGCGCAGUCGGGAAAGGAGGAAGGAGCUGUAGCUAUGGAUAUGGAAGCUGUCCCAGCGGUCCCUUCAACUGGUGCCCAGGAGACACAGCAGGCAGAGGAGGCAACAGGAAAAGAGCAGAGUCAGUCUGUUGAAGAUGGGAAGUUGAGAAAGGACAACGAGGAUGCAAAGGCAGGGAACGGAGAGGAGGGUGAUGCUAAAGCAGACGCAAAGGCAAUGGACGUUGACGCAAACUCAACUGCAGAACAGACAACGCACGACGGGCAAGGCAUCAGUCCCGCUGAAGUAAAAAUGGAUGCAGAGAGCGAAAAAGCGAAAGGAGCAGAGGGAGAGCAAAGCACGACUGCGGAGGAGGUAUCUUGCGCUGAAAAGUCACCUUUGCCUAAUAGUGCUCUUGCAGGUGCGCAGGUGGGUGCACCAAAGGCGCCGAGUUCGGAGAGCAGCAAGGCGGUGGCGACGAAAAUGGAGAAUGGGGUGGUUCCAGAGGUGCAGAAGACGACGACGAUGGCGACGACUAAGGUGGAAAGGGAGGAUGAUGACGAACGGAAGCAGACAAGUGUUGUUUCUUCGACGCAGAGAGGGACGGAGAACGGCAUGAAAGCAGAGAAAGCAACAGGGGUAGUCAGCAACAGCAGCGCUGUCGAGACAAAAGCCGGCGUGCUUCCGGCAGAGAAACCGACGGUUGAGGUAAAACAAGAUCCGCUUGCUGCAGAGAAGGUGGACGACGAGCUUGGUGUAGGGAAGGUAUUCGUCGAAUUCACACGCGAGGAAUCGGCGCGAAAGGCAGCACAUGCAUUACAAGGUCGUUUGUACGGUGGCAGGAAGGUUUCCGUGGCUUAUUUCCCUCUCGAACUGUACCAGAAGCAGUUUCGUAAAGGCCUUCCUACGCGACCUCUCGAAGAGAGGCAGAUGCUGUAUCAUGCCGUUCAGCGAUACCUAACUUCUCCGGUGCCAGAGUGAGGACGGGAGAAGUGACUUGCGUGGAGAUUGUAUAUGUAGACGUCCAUCGAUCCGCUCCAGUAACGCAGGAGGAUGUCAGGCUUUUUCCCUCAGAGAGAGUUGGUGUGAAACUGGCCCACUGGGCGUCUUGAAAGGGUGAAUUCGCAAACCAACGGUUGCCAGAUAUGGAUGAAAUAGGGGAGGUCUGGGCCUCCCCUAUUUGCACGGUAGGGAGGAAUGGCAAAGACAUUAUCGCCAGGGUGUUGGGAUGGGCAUGUUGAAGGUGGGAAAAGGGGGGAGGAUGCAUGUGAGACCUUGGAAAUGGAAUGCAAGGUCUGGUUUCAGACCAUCGGAUUGCAACCACCCAAUGGUGCGGGACGUUGUCUCGAGCACUUUCAGCAUGCGGGUGAAAAUAAAACAAAAAAAGGUCUCCUAUUGUUCUCUUUCUUCAGCUGCCAGGUCACAAUGUUUUCGGUUCAUGGCGUGGUUAAGCGACAAACUAGCUCUCGCGACUGUCAUCAGAGUUGUGUGGUGCUGCUUCUUCAUCUGCGAGGAGGCUCCUGUAGUACCAUGCAUGAAGACUGCCACAUGUGCUGGACGGAUUUUCUGCUCGUGGUGUGCUCAAGCGACCGAGUAGCUCUUGCAAUUGCCUGCCAUCGGAUUUGCAUGGUUCUUCUUCAUCUUCGUCGUCGGCAAGGAGGCUGCUGUAGUAUUGUUGCACGACAAGUGUCACACCUGCUGGCAGGAUUUUCGGUGGUUACGCGUAUGGUAUGAUGAUUCGGCACUUGCUUCCAAUGGUUACAUCGAGAAGAGCAACGCCUGUAUAUCCCUGAUUUGAGAGUUUCAAACCUUUUUCAGGCGUGGGGAUGUUUGCCUGUUGUUGACGAGGGGGGCUGGAAGUGGUAGAGAUCUGCUGCUUGGAUUCUGCUCUUAAAGCCAAGUCUUCAUUUUAAUUUGUUGUACCGUAUGGCCACUCUCGACGGAUGAUGUGAUGGCGGGUGCUUACAAGAGAUCAACAUUGAGGUGGCACGAGAGUGGAUGUGUCGAUGGUGAGGUGCUGACAGUCACGACAGGGAAAGGAAGGUGUUGCAUCUGCUUCUUGGGAUGGAGAGGGACUCAAGAUGUUGCAUCUGUCAUUCAGGACAUCCGUUAAAAUUGGAACCAUAGAGAGAAGGGUGAUUAGCAAAAUGGGCCCCUGCGCUUUCAAGGAUGACACGCAUAAAUCGAGAAAUGAUUAAAAAAAAAAAAAAAAAAAAAAAAAAAGAUGUUGCAUCUGGUACUUGGGAUUCUGCUUGCAAAAGAACGUGGAGGCCCACACUAUUCAAAAUUCGGUAUAUCGUAUGUCAGUGAUGUUGUAUCGGUGGCGAGCGACGGCAUCAUUGGCAUGCACCAUUACCAUUGAGGAGCCAUGACAGUAGCGUCAUCGACAUGAGAGGUUAUGUGGUGGUGACGUGGCGAACUUGCAAUGAGUUGAAUUCUGGGAAUGGGGCGAUGGAUGAUGUGGCGGUGAUGUGACAAUGAUGAGCGAUGGCCUGGCAUUUAACAUUUUUUGAGGUGGCAUGAGAGGCAUGAGAGGGGGACAGAAAGCAGAAAAGGAGAGGCAUGACAGGGGCGUAGAGGUGGUGUGUUGAGGAUGAAUGUGAUGUGGUGUUGAUGCGGCACUGACGUGGCGAACUUGCAGUACGUUGGGGAUCUAGAACCAUUUGCGAUGUGCGCAGACAUGGAGUUGUUGGCAUUUAACAAGUUUAGUGAGUAGGUGGGCAUGCAGGCGGUAGAAAGAAUAUUACAGUGUGACAUUUUCUUGAAACUGCCUUGUUUUUUUCGUUUCCGAUGUUGAAACAGCUGCUUGUUUUUUCGUUUCGGAUCUUGAAACCGCUGCUCUUUUUUCAGCCGCAAUGGGCAUUUAGUAACCCCUUUUUCCUAUUUUAUUCAUCUUUGCCCUCACCCUGAAACCACCGGUACAACUGGCGGGCCAGGCGGCCUUCCACUUCGCCGCAAGCUUUGCCGAAAUU